AUGAAUCUGAAUCUCCCUGAACAGAACAUGCACAACUCAACCGAAGGUCUAGAAGACGACAAACCAGAGGUCCUAUUGCCCUGCUUUCGCAGAAGCAUGUACGACGAGCCUCUGGCCUCAUACUCAAAUGGCUCCAUCAUCUCGCAGCUCCUCCGUAAGACAAUCCACAACAGAAGGACCUUAGAUGAAAGCCACUUUUACCUCCCCAGCUCCAAUGCUGCCGACUCUGGCCAAGAGGACCAAAGCAGUGUCUCCUCAAAAGACAGCAUACCGGAGGUUGUUUCCCCCAGCAAUUAUGUGUCCACAGUAAUCAGUCCAGAAGGAGAGCAUCCUAUGACUGAUCAUCUGCAGGCCAAAAGAGCCAGAGUGGAAAAUAUCAUCAGGGUCAUGGCUGGUUCCCCCAAUAGCAGGCAGCAUGGAGACAGUGAGAGGUCUGACACGGAUGUCAGAGACUCGAAGGAGGCCAGAGAAUCCUUGAGAGAGAACAAACGUAAGCAACGGUUGCCUCAGCAUCAGGAGCACAGUGCCGCAGAAGGACAGAUGAACAGAAAACCUGGCGGCAGCAGUGAUAGCAGCAACAACAAGGAAGAGGAAUGCCACAAGCUAAAAGAGCAGCUGCACAGCAUGCAAAAGCUGCUGCAUCAGCUACAAGAAAAGUUUUUGCAAGUGUACAGCCAGAAAAAUCUCAAAUAUGAAAACAGAGACGCAAAAGAAGUUGAAUCUGAGCACGAUUUCCUGGGAGAAAACAUGGAGUCGUACAUAAGCAACGAAUGGGAUUGUGAGAGGAACAGCAGCAUGGUGACUGUAGACUGUAAGGAUAAAAUCAAAGCUGUUGGUUACCUGGUUCAAGAAAGAGAAAAUCAGAACCUGCAGGAAACCCUAAAGCAGGAGCUCUCCAGCGCCAUCAAUGAUUGUGUGGACAGGGUGUUCAAGAAAGUGUCUUCCACAGGGCUGGACAUGUCCCCUCAGCAGCGUGCGUGCUCAUCACCUGAGAUGCAGAUCAGAGUGGGUGCAGACACAAAGAGCCAGAUGACCAACUCCAUCCUGGACGAGUGCCAGGAUGAGGAGGCUGUCGUGAAGUCCCAGUCAUCAGAGUACUAUGAAAGCUCAGAGGAUCAAAGCCCGGAGGACCAGACAGAGGCACUUUCACUAGUGGUCCGCAAGCCAACAGCGACCCCUGUGAACUCCGUCACUCCAGCUGUGAAAAGGCCUUACCCCGUGCACCACACACCUUUUCAGUUCAAUUACGCCACGCCGCUGCACGAGAGCCACAUCCUGGAGCACCUUCUCAAGUAUGGGCCCCAUUCCAACUUUGGAGCUCUCCCUUGCAUCCCCCCAUCGAUGGACAGGACCUCCCCAGACUCGAUGAACCUGUCCUGGGACACCGUUGCCAUGAGGUCCAAGGUGACGUCCAGCCACUUCGGCCACCACCCUCGUUCCUCCUCCAUGGGGGCACUGGCUGUUGAUAACCUAUGUCUCCCUCAUGUCAAGAUGGAGAGCGCUGAACUGCAGAGCAUGGCUGAACGAAACCCCUACAUGUCUCUCAAUAUCCAGGAGGGUCUCAGUCCGAGUCAUCUGAAGAAGGCCAAGCUCAUGUUCUUCUACACACGCUACCCCAGCUCCAACGUGCUGAAAACCUUCUUCCCUGAUGUCAAGUUCAACCGCUGCAUCACCUCCCAGCUGAUCAAGUGGUUCAGUAACUUCAGGGAGUUCUAUUACAUUCAGAUGGAGAAGUUUGCCCGCCAGGCCAUCGUUGACGGCAUCGCCGAUGUCAAAGACAUCACAGUCAGCAGGGACUCAGAACUCUUCCGGGCGCUGAACAUGCACUACAACAAAGCCAAUGAUUUCCAUGUUCCUGACAGGUUCCUCGAGGUCGCCGAACUCACCUUGCAUGAAUUUUACAACGCCAUUUCUGCAGCCAAAGAUUCAGACUCCUCUUGGAAAAAGGCCAUUUACAAGGUGAUCUGUAAACUGGACAGUGACAUCCCCGAGGAGUUCAAGACGUCCUCCUACUUGUAG